AUGACCAACACAUACUUUACCGUUUCCGCUAAUGGCCAACCAUUGGGUACCAUCAAGUUCAAGUUGUACGAUGAUGUUGUUCCAAAGACUGCUGAAAACUUUAGAGCUUUGUCUACUGGUGAAAAGGGUUUUGGUUACGCUGGCUCAAUUUUCCACCGUGUGAUUCCUCAAUUCAUGUUGCAAGGUGGUGAUUUCACCAACCACAAUGGUACUGGUGGUAAGUCCAUCUAUGGUGCUAAGUUUGCUGAUGAGAACUUCACCAAGAAGCACGACAGACCAGGUUUGUUGUCUAUGGCCAAUGCUGGUCCAAACACCAAUGGAUCCCAAUUCUUCAUUACCACUGUCCCAUGUCCAUGGUUAGAUGGUAAGCACGUUGUUUUCGGCGAAGUUACUGAUGGUUUCGACAUUGUUAAGAAGAUUGAGAGCUACGGUUCAGGUUCAGGUGCUACCAAGGCCACCAUCAAGAUUGAGGAAGCUGGUGUCUUGUAA